AUGUCACCCAAGGAGCAGAACCCGCGAGUGGUCGUGGACGUGGACGACGACGAGCCGGAUGAGUGGGAUAAGCGGAUCUUCAGCACGGGCUGCUCAGUGGAGCAGGAUAAAAUGAACGACUGUUACUUUGCUAAGAAGGACUGGCGGGCGUGCAAGAAAGAGAUGGAGGCGUUCCGCGAAUGCUGGAAGCGCAAGGGCAACGACGAGCGCACCCAAACGAAGGACGCCUAAACCUACCCUUACUCUGUUUCCCCUAGCCUCCUAUGUAUUACUACGCU